GGCUCUUGUCACGUGACAUGAAACGUCAGCGAUUCAAUGGCAGCCUCCUGUUUUGUAAAUUAAACACAAGGAACAGCUGUAUAUCAGCUGUGUGUUUAAACGACAGAAUUUAAUUUAAAAGAAACCGCCAUGUCCCCUAAGAUCACGGUGGAGCUGCUGCGUCAGCUAAGGCAGGCCAUGAGGAACGCCAGGUACAUCGCCGAGCCCAUCCAGGCCUACAUCAUCCCCUCUGGAGACGCACACCAGAGUGAAUACAUAGCACCGUGCGACUGCAGACGUGAAUUCAUCUGUGGCUUCAAUGGCUCUGCAGGCACUGCCAUCGUGACAGAGAAGCACGCGGCCAUGUGGACCGACGGGCGCUACUUCCUCCAGGCCUCCCAACAGAUGGAUAACAACUGGACCCUCAUGAAGAUGGGUCUGAAGGAGACUCCGAGCCAAGAGGAUUGGCUGAUCAGUGUUCUGCCUGAGAACUCUAAAGUUGGAGUGGACCCCUGGAUCAUCGCUGCAGACCAGUGGAAGAACAUGUCCAAGGCUCUGACCAGUGCCGGUCACUCCCUGGUGGCUGUCCAGGACAACCUGAUUGACGCCAUCUGGACCGACCGCCCGUCCAGGCCUUCCACACCCCUCAUCACCUUGGACCUCACGUUUACGGGUCUGACCUGGCAGGACAAGAUCACAGCCCUGAGAUCCAAGAUGGCCGAACGGAAAAUCUCCUGGUUCGUUGCCACGGCGCUGGAUGAGAUCGCAUGGCUGUUCAACCUACGAGGCUCCGACAUCGAGUACAACCCAGUGUUCUUCGCCUACGCCAUCGUUGGAAUGAGCACAAUCAGGCUUUUCGUGGACGCCAAGCGACUAACCCGGCCGGCGGUGAGGGAGCACCUUCAGCUGGACACGCCCCCCAAGGCGGAGAUGCGUAUCCAGACCGCCCCCUACGAGUCGGUGUUCACCGAGCUGCAGGCCGUCUGUGCCUCUCUGGGGCCCAAGGAGAAGGUGUGGGUCUGCGACAAAACCAGCUGUUCCCUCAUGCAGGUCAUCCCCAAGGCUCACCGAGCUCCGGUCCCUUACACUCCUCUGUGCCUCGCCAAAGCUGUCAAGAACGCCACCGAGAUUCAGGGGAUGAGGAUGGCCCAUAUUAAGGACGCCGUCGCCCUGUGCGAACUUUUUGCUUGGAUGGAGAAAGAGAUCCCAAAAGGCACAGUGACUGAGAUCUCCGCGGCAGAUAAGGCGGAGGAAUUGCGCAGCCAACAGAAGGACUUUGUGGGACUCAGUUUCCCAUCCAUCUCCAGUGUUGGACCAAAUGGAGCCAUCAUACAUUACAGACCCCUCCCAGAAACCAACAGAACACUGUCCCAAAAUGAGGUCUACCUCCUGGACUCUGGAGCCCAGUAUAUGGAUGGAACAACAGACGUCACUCGCACCAUGCACUUCGGUACCCCCUCUGCUUACGAGAAGGAAACGUUCACCUAUGUCCUGAAGGGUCAUAUAGCGGUCAGCGCGGCCGUUUUCCCGAACGGAACCAAGGGCCACCUGCUGGACUCGUUUGCCCGCCAGGCGCUGUGGGAGUCGGGGCUGGACUACCUCCACGGCACGGGCCAUGGGGUCGGCUGUUUCCUCAACGUCCACGAGGGGCCCUGUGGCAUCUCCUACAAGACGUUCGCCGAUGAGCCGCUGGAGGCUGGCAUGAUCGUCAGCGACGAACCCGGGUACUAUGAAGACGGGUCCUUUGGCAUUAGAAUUGAGAAUGUUGUCCUGGUGGUACCAGCCAACCCUAAGUACAACUACAGGAACAAAGGCAGCCUGACGUUUGAGCCUCUCACUCUGGUCCCCAUCCAAGUCAAGAUGAUGGACACCGGUCUCCUCACCCAGAAGGAGCGUGAUUGGGUAAACGAGUACCACAGACAGUGCCGGGAGACAGUUGGGGCGGAGCUGGAGAGGCAGGGACGAAAGGAAGCUCUGGAUUGGCUCGUCAGGGAAACCCAGCCAAUUGUGUGAAUGGUAUUACGUGACGGACUCUCAUAAACUAACAUACAAUUCUAUUGUCACAGACCAAGAUUGAUCGGUUGCUCAUCUCAGCAGUGAUGAUAAGUUUUACUUUUAUCUUCUUCCUCUGAGAAGCUUUUACUCUCUAUCGCUAUGGCACUCUCUGGUCUGUUUAUUUCACGCUAAGCUUCUUUUGUAAAGCACAUCAUUCAUUUCUCAACUGUUUUAUGACGAUUCAAUAAAAAUCAAGUGUAAAAAGAAA